CCCGUUUGUGAAGAUGUUUCGCCGUACCUGCUUGAUAUAUACAAAAAUUGAAAACCACUGUAAUGUUGGUAGCUUUGUAGAAUUCAAAAUAAUGAAGAAGGUAGAUCUGUCACAACAAAAAUUGAGUGGUAUUAAAUCAAUACUAGCGAUAGAAACCCUUGAAUGCAUUAUUUGUGCUUCCAUGUCCGCGUUUCAUUCAAACCCACUCUCUGGAGCAGAAGAUAUUGGAUUGAGCAAUGGAGAACAGUGCGAUAAUGUCGAACCUAUGGAAACAUCCGGCACGGAGGAGAACACUGGUAAAAAUAGUUCAUCGGAAGAACGCUCACCGCAUUGUUUGCGAGCUACGAAAAGUUUUCAGCCUAAAAGAGUGUCGGAACUGCCACCAUUGGAGUCGGAAUCGGAUUCCGACGAUGAGAAUAACUUGAAUUGUGCAAUUUUGAACGAUUCUUUUUUGUUAACUCCUUCGAAGUGUAUAGAGGAUUUAGGAAGCACUACGAAGGUCACAUGUAUUACCCCAAUGGAUAAAGAAAAUGCUUCCGAAAAACCUGCUCGUAAGAAGCUGGAAGAUAAACUAUUAGCAGUAAGCAAUCCUAACCAAUUGGCUCCUCCAAAGCGAGUUCCGUUAUUAGAUCGAUCACAGUUGGAGAAACAAUUCACUAUAUUCUGCCAAACAGAUUCCAAACCCACGAAAACCGGAGACUCCGGUAUCAGUAGUACGGCAUCCUCUGUGCUUUCAGCUGGUGAACAUAAUACAGAAAGUGAUUUAAAAGACGCAGUGGAGCAAAAAACCCAAUCGCCUACAAACAAAGAUUGUCCUGAGAUCAACGAGAAAAAUAAGCAAGUUUUUGUAACGCCGCGAGAAAAAAUUGCAUUGAAUCCAUCCAGAGGUACAAUUUCACGUAUUCUAACGUCUACUGCCACCCGAGGAUCGCGCAGCACUCUCGAGAACGAGUUCAAGUCGCAGAAAAUUUUGUUUGCAACACCUUUGGCUACGGGUGUAGCACGACCUCCAGUUAGUGCGAACGACAGUCUUUCGCUGUCUUUAGUUGACACUCCAAUCAAAUCAAAAGAACGUCCAUUAUCACCUAUCGUAGAGCAACCGCGCAUCACGACCGUUGCGAAAGUCAAAAUCUCCCCGAAGAAAACGGCUCCAGAUCGCCAUUCAUCUCCGGAACCACCACCCGUUCAGAAGCCAUUGCGUAAAGAUUUAACGCCUGAGCUGAGUGAACCAGGCAAGCCCGAAACAGCGAAACAUGUUUUAACUAUUAACGGAAAAGACUACCAAAUAAUAAAAAAGUUGGGCUCAGGAGGAUCGAGCUCUGUUUUUUUAGCAAAACAGAUUGGAACGGGCGUUGAAUGUGCUUUGAAGUUAGUCAAUCUCGAGGGCGAUUCUAACUUGGUUGAAGGCUACUUGAACGAAACUAAACUUUUGGCCAAACUGCAGGGCAACGAAAAUGUGGUGACUCUUUAUGAUUACAUGCAUACUCCGAAGUCAAAUCAACUAUUUUUGGUAAUGGAAAAAGGUGACAGUGAUUUGCACAAAAUGCUACAGAGCUUCCAGAAGGACAUCCCUCUUUACACAUUGAUGCAGAUUUGGUACCAGAUGGUUCAAUGUGUGCAUUAUAUACAUGAGCAUGGCGUUAUUCACCUAGAUCUCAAACCCGCCAAUUUUCUGAUGGUCAAAGGUCGGCUCAAACUGAUUGACUUUGGCAUUGCCAGUAAUAUUGCAUUCGAUUCUACCAGUAUUAUGAAAUUUUCCCAAGCUGGCACCUUCAAUUACAUCAGUCCAGAAGCGUUAAUUGACACUUCCACGGAAGGUAAUACAGGAAAUUCACAGCCCAGAAUUCGGAUGUCGAAAAAAUCGGAUAUCUGGUCACUCGGUUGCAUACUAUAUUUGUUGCUUUACAAGAAGACACCGUUCUCGCACGUGAAAAAUAUCUACAACAAGGUGAAUAUCAUCACUAAUCCUAACACGGUGAUAGACUAUCCAUCGCUUCCAAACUACUAUCCAUCCAUGUUGCUAGAGAUGUUGCAGCGCUGCCUCAGGUACGAUCCCAAAAGCAGAGCCUCAACGGCAGAUCUACUCGGAUAUCCGUUUGAAAUGGUAAUUCCGAUUGGAAAAUGAAUAACCUUAAGAUGCGUUUUUUCAAGAAUAGCUAUUUAUUUGAAAAACAAUGUUUUCAACUGAACAAGUUUUAAUAUUUUUGUGAUUGGAACGAAAGAUAAACGACAUACUCUUCUCAGCAAAAAUGUUUUUUU